AUGCCUGCCCUCACAUCGCCCGCGUUCGUGGUACACGAUGCCAAAGAAGACUUCAAGCUAGAAGAAAUUACUCUGGAUGACAUGCAAGACGAUGAGCUGUUGGUCGAGAUGAAAUAUAGUGGCAUCUGCCACACAGACUUGGUGUUUCAGCAGGGGCAACUCACCAUCUGCAAAUAUCCUGCUGUCUUUGGCCACGAAGGAGCAGGAUGGGUCAAAGCUAUCGGGCCCAAAGUCAAGAGCAAGAACGUACAGGUUGGCGACUUUGUGCUGCUCUCGAUGAACUUCUGUCAAAAAUGCAAGUUCUGCACGCGUGGUCACCCAGCGGAUUGCACCGAAGGUACGCGGCUGCAUUUGUUUGGUACUCGUGACGAUGGCUCCACAGCUGGCAAACUCUCUGGGUCGGGCGAGAGCGUUCGCUCGCAUUUCUUUGGCCAAUCGAGUUUCGCACGUUUCAGCUAUGUGCACGAAACAUGCGUUGUGAAGCAUCCAUAUCCGGCCGACGAGGCAGCCAAGUUCGCGGCUAUGGGUUGCGGAUAUCAGACAGGUGCCGGCACCGUAAUGAACAUCCUAAAGCCUGAACCAGAUAGCUCUAUUGUCGUCUUUGGCCUGGGAACCGUCGGCCUUACAGCCUUGAUGGCAGCCAAGUAUCUGGGACUCAAGCAAAUCAUUGCAGUGGACAUUCAGGAGCUGAAAUUCCCAAUUGCAAAAGAGCUCGGCGCCACAGACAUUGUCAAUUCACGUGGAAUCGACAUAGCCGCGAAGCUGAAAGAGUUGACUGGUGGAGUCGGGGUGGACUAUGCUGUAGAUUGCACCGGUGCCACCACUGUGAUCGAGGCGAUGUUGAACAGCUUAGGGAUGCGAGGCACAGCAGCUACAGUUGGUGUACCUCCUACCGGUGCUAAAGUGGAGAUCGAUCCAUUGGUGUUUUUACUUGGAAGCAGGAGAUAUGUUGGAUGUCGAGAGGGCGACUCAGUACCGACAGAGUAUAUCCCAAAGCUGGUGGAAAUGCAACGGCAAGGUGAAUUUCCUGUGGAGAAGCUGGUCAAGGUGUACGACUACAAGGACAUGGAAAAGGCUCUGAAGGACUUGCAUGAUGGAACUGUUGUGAAGCCGGUAAUUCAAUGGUCAUAG